AUGGACGUCGUGCUGGACAACCCGCUCCUCGUCGCCCACCCCGCCAAAGCGGGCAACCGAGUCGCCUGGGCGCUCGUGGGUCUCGUGCUGCUGGCCAAUUUGCUCUUCUCGGGCUUCAUUUACGGCUGGUCGUCGCUGCUGCUCUUCCUUCUCGAGGAGCGCCAGUACAACGAGCUCUGCAAGCCGUCGGAGCGGACGUGUCCGGCCCAAGAGAACCGCUUGAACCUUAUUUACGGCGUUGCCCAGUUCGUCGCAACCUUGAGCUCGCUGCCGGUCGGCGUGAUCCUCGACACCAUUGGCGCACCGAGUAUGACGGCCAUCGGCGGCCUUUGCACGACGCUGGGCCUGGCGCUGCUUGCGGUCGCCGACUCGCGCUCGUUCGACGCGUUUGUACCGGCGUACACGCUCCUCGGUGUCGGCGGUAUCGCGACGCUCCUCACCUCGUUUCGCGCUGGCUUUGUCCUCCUCCGGUGGCAAACGGCCAUCUUGGCCGGCGUCAACUGCCUCUACGACGCCUCGGCCGUCAUGCCAUCGCUGCUCUUCCUCCUCCACGAGUCGUACGGCCUCUCGCGCCGCGAGCUGCUUCUGGGAUGCGCCUGCCUUGCCGCGUCAACCUACGCGCUGCUUCUGGUGCUGUGGUUGCGCCACACGCGGGAUCUCCGCACCGACGCCUAUGCCGUGGUGCCCAGUGACGCCGACGUCGAGGCCGAGGCGCCAACGAAGAUAUCACUGAGCGCUCAGAUCCGAACGUUUGAGUUUCGCUACCUUCUGCUCUUUGCCGGCGUCCAUAUCUUCCGCGCCGCCUUCUUCUUUGGCACGAUUGACGAGACGCUGGCGGCAUUUGGCGACACCUCGUAUGCGUACACCAAGGCGUUUGGCUGGAUCCUCCCCGCGGGCUUUGUGUUUGUCCCGGUCAUCAACGGCGUCGUCGAGGCGCACAGCGUGGCGGCCUCGAUGCACCUCACGACGGCCCUCGGUGUGCUCAGUAACGCGCUCGCGAUGGUCCCUAUCCUGGCGCUGCAGCCUGCCACGUUUGUGCUCUUUACGGGCUUUCGCGCGUUCCUAUACUCGAACGUGGCGACGUGCGCAGCGAGAACGUUUGGCGCCACACACCUCGGGACGCUCAUGGGCGCCAUUUACACGUGUAGCGCACUCUUUGCGUUCCUGGAGAUUCCGGCGGCCGCCGUCGCGCUGGCUAGUGCGGCAGGUCGCAUUGGCAUGUACAGCGCGUCGCUGGCGCUGGGUCUUGCCCUUGUGCCUGUGACUGAAGUCUACCGCAAGCGUCAGCUACGUGCUUGAUGUGCCCUGCGCUGUUCCUUGUCCCACGUAACCAUCAAGGUUUCUCCGCAUCAUUGGGCUGAUUCGCGGUUGCAUU